AUGGUGACUUCCAGAAAACAAUAUGUGGUUUCCAGGCCGGUGUACUCUGAGGACAGCCUCGCUGAAGAUCAUGAGAAGAUUCAGAGGAAACACAAAGCUCUCACUGCCCAUGUUAAGGAAUAUUUAACCUGUGAUGCAAAGCGGGCCAAAGCAGCGGUUCUCUCUGCUCUGCCUGUCAUUGGCUGGAUGAGGAGCUACAGAGUCAGAGAGUGGCUGGUGGGGGAUGUUGUGUCUGGGGUCAGCACUGGACUGGUGGCCAUCAUGCAGGGCCUGGCCUUCUCCCUGCUGGCCUCGUUGCCUCCCAGCUACGGCCUCUACACGGCUUUCUUUCCUGUGCUAACAUACUUUUUUCUUGGCACCUCGAGGCAUAUAUCAGUAGGCCCCUUUCCUGUCCUGAGCCUCAUGGUGGGAGCGGUGGUGACCCGCCUAGUCCCUGAUGAAGGAGCACAUGCAAAUAUUACCGACUUUGAAGGUCUGACCCAGGAUCAGCGGAGAGUCCUGGUUGCCUCUUCUAUGACUUUCCUCAUGGGUAUUUUCCAGCUGGCCAUGGGUGUCCUGCAGGUGGGCUUCAUAGUCGUCUACCUUUCAGAAACUCUGGUCUCCGGCUUUACCACAGCAGCUGCUGUUCACAUCUUGGUUUCUCAACUCAAAUUCGUUUUGGGUUUGACGGUUCCGGGAAUCAGCGGCCCACUUUCUAUAAUAUAUACCUUGGAAAAGAUCUUUGUCCAGAUCACCUCCACCAACAUCUGCGACCUGGUGAUGUCCAUAGUGAUCAUGGUGGUAGUGUUCAUUGUGAAGGAGCUUAAUGACAGAUACAAAGCCAAGCUGCCUUUUCCUAUUCCCAUAGAGGUUAUAAUGACUGUUAUAGCUUGUGGAAUUUCCUACAAACUCAACUUUGAAGAUAGGUAUAAGGUUGACGUAGUUGGCAAAAUGGUUAGCGGGUAUGAGUCUCCUAUUGCACCAAGCUUGGAGGUCUUCAAGGAGAGUGCCGUGGAGGCCUUCCCUGUAGCCAUCGUAGGAUUCGCUGUGGCCUUUUCAGUCGCCAAAGUCUACUCUAUUAAACAUGACUACCCCAUCGAUGGCAACCAGGAGCUUAUUGCGUUUGGAGUUAGCAACAUAUUUGGAGCAGCGUUCAGUUCUUUUGCAGCCAGCACUUCCCUCUCCAGAGCCGCAGUGCAGGAAAGUUCUGGAGGCAAAACGCAGACCGCGGGGCUGAUCUCAGCCAUAAUCGUGAUGAUUGUAACGCUGGCUCUGGGCUUCCUCCUGGCUCCUCUUCCAAAGUCUGUUCUGGGUGCCCUGGUAAUCGUCAACCUCAAGGGGAUGCUGAUGCAGCUCAGAGAAAUCCCGUACCUUUGGAGGAGAGACAAGCCGGAGUGUGUAGGUGCUCAGAUCCCUCGCUGUUCGAUUCUGGCUAAUCUCCCCGGCACCGACCUGUACAGAGACCAGAAGGAUUACCUGCAGGUGUUUCAACCAAAGGGGGUAAAAAUCUUCCGCAUACCUUCACCGAUCUUCUUUGCCAACAUCGAGUUCCUCAGGAGCAAGCUGGUAGAAGCCGUCGGGUUCAGUCCUCAGAGGGUUUUACGGAAAAGGGAAAAGGCGCUCCGAAAAAUCAAGGCAACGUUCCAGAAGAGAGAUCCCACAAUCACAGAGGUGAAGCAGAGUGUCUGCGACGCACACCCCGAUGACCUGGUUUCUGAGUAUACAGCCUUUAUUCUACAUCUGUCUCAAAAGCCUCCUCCCAAUGGGACAUGCCUGAAACACCUCCUGAUGGAGGCGACCAGGAGGCAUCAGGAACAGAUGCCAGAGCCUCCUCAGCUGGAUCCUUUCCACAUGGAGGAGCAGAGACUCUACUCCGAGCUCCUCCCGGAUCUCCUGACCAUAGGUGAGGGUCGGAACGUAGAUCCAUCGGUAAAUCCAGACCUUCGCCCCCGACUCGGCUCCCUCUGCACCACGACAGUCCGAUGCAGCGACCGCAUCACUGCAGACGCCGCA